AUGAAGAUAUUUACAAUAUUUAAUCCAUCAACAAUCAAUCCUCUACGGAAAAAGUCUUCCCCACCACCACUACCACCAUCAAAAACAAUAUUAGAAAGAAACCAUGAAGCAAAUAUACAUUUUAAUUUAAUAAUAUUUCCUAAUGGAGUUUCUGCUAAUGAUUAUGGAUUACCAACAAUUAAAACAUUAAAAGAUAUUGAUAAAUUACCUAAAUUUGAAGUUAUUAGAUAUUUACAAGGAUUUGAUAUUGAAUGUUAUAUUAAUAAUGAUAAUAAUAAUGAGGAACAGCGAUUACUGGAUAUUAAUUUAAGGAAUUUAUUAAAAGAUCGAUUGAUUAUAGAAACAAGUUAUUCUCAUGAUAUUAAGAAAAGAAGGAGAUACAAAAAAAAAGAAAAAGAAAGAAAAAAUUAG